AUGCUCCGCUCAACUACAAUAUUCCUGCUGGGGGCCCUUCUCUCAGCUGUUUUGUCCGCUCCUGGCAGCGAUAAAGUGUCCGAUCUGCCCGGAUUGACUUUCACCCCCGACUUUGCUCAUUAUUCUGGUUUUCUGCGAGCCUGGACAGAUAAGUAUUUCCACUAUUGGCUGACGGAAUCCUCACAGGAUCCAGCCAAUGCUCCCCUCGUUCUCUGGCUCAAUGGAGGUCCGGGAUGUUCCAGUUUAGAUGGGCUCAUUGAAGAGUUGGGACCUUUUCACGUGAAAGAUAAUGGCGACUCGAUCUACUACAAUCAGUAUUCCUGGAACAAGGUCAGUUUGAAUGGAAUCAUCCCUUGAAACGAUAGUUUCAGUUUGCCAACGUUUUGUUCCUCGAAUCUCCAGCAGGCGUCGGUUUUUCUUAUUCCACUUCUUCCAACCUGACCAUCUCCGAUGACCAAGUAUCUCUGCAGAACUACAUGGCUCUCGUUGAUUUUCUUUCAAAGUUUUCCGAAUAUAAAGGCCGAGACUUCUGGAUAACCGGAGAAUCCUACGCUGGAGUCUACAUUCCCACAUUGGCCGUCAGAAUUCUGGCAGAUAAGACCAAUUUCCCCAAUUUCAAAGGUGUUGCCAUUGGAAAUGGAGCUCUCAACUUCCCGAAUAAUUACAAUACAAUGGUUCCUUUCUACUAUUAUCACGCUCUCGUUCGCGACGAGUACGGUCGGUUCAGAAGAUUCGGUAGUCUGAGUAAUUUUCAGUUUGUACAAUGACAUCGCUAUGAAUUGCUGCAACAAUAACAUUGGCACUUGUGACAUUUACAGCGCGUUCUUUGAUCCGAAAUGCAGGGAUAAAGUCAUCAGUGUAAGCAUAUUUGGCAAUGAUCUUAAGAAUUUCACAACGGACAAUUUCAGGCGCUGGACGGGACUAAUGAACUGAAUAUGUACAAUCUUUACGAUGUGUGCUACUACGAUCCAUCGACAAAUAUGAAGAAAGCGUUCAUCGAGAGGCAGAUGCGGAAGGCAGUCGGACUGCCGCAAAGGAAGCACAACGCGGCUACGGUACGGACUCGCAAGCCGACCGUUUUCAAAGAAAGAAUUCCAGACUGUUCCGUUGUGUGCUCAAACCAACAACACAUUCAUUUAUUUGAACAGGGCGGACGUCCGGAAGAGUCUCCACAUCCCGAGUUCCCUUCCCGUUUGGCAAGAGUGCAGGCGAGUCGUUUUGAAACUUUCAAAUUGUUUCGUAUUCUUCCCCUCUGCCAUCUUCUUCUCUUUCUGAUUGGCCACCCAUCGAAAGAGAGAUUCUGAUGUAACAGCCGAAUGAACCUGUUCGCGCCCCCAUUGUCUUCAUCUUAUUCUCCUUUUUCUUCUUGCAGCGACGACGUCGGCAACCAUUACCAAGUGACACACUUCGACGUAAUCGCCGAGUUUCAGAAGAUGAUUGCGGCCGGAAUCAAGGUGCGAAACGACUGGAAAGAGGCGGUUUAAUGGGAUGAUGAAGUUCAGAUUCUCGUCUACAACGGAGACGUCGACACGGCGUGCAAUUCGAUAAUGAAUCAGCAGUUUCUGACGUCCCUCAACCUGACAGUUCUCGUCAGUGCCGAAUCAUUCGAACAUUCAAUUUCGCAACAGUUCCAUUUGUAGGGAGAACCAGAGAAAGUGAACGAGGCGUGGCAUUAUUCCGGUCAGACUGGUACUGCGGUGGCCGGUUUUCAGACUAAAUUCGCCGGAAGUAUGUCAUUGAUUGCAUUUUCAUUUUCGAUCGGAAAGAGUCAUUCAUUCUGCUUGUAGAUGUGGAUUUCCUGACCGUACGCGGAAGUGGACAUUUUGUGCCGGAGGACAAACCGCGGGAAUCACAGCAAAUGAUCUACAAUUUCAUUCACAAUCUCGAUUAUUCGACCCCGUUGAAAAACUAG